AUGCCGCCUCAGAAGCGCCCCCGCGAGGUCAUCGAUCUGACUGAUGAUGAUCCCGAUGUGGGAAAGUCAGCCAAACCCCGUGUUUCUGCACCAUCAAGCCAGUCUUCUCUGUACAGUGCCCGACCAUCACAGCGUGGACAUGGCCUCUCUUCUUCUUAUGCCUCAUCUUCCCAGCCGUUCUCCUCAAAUGGCUCUAGCAGCCAGCGUUCUGGGUUGGGAUAUUCUCAGGGCUCUCUUGCCGAUGAGGAUCCUGAGGCCAUAGACCUCACCCAGGCCGAUGAUGGCCCAGCUCUUCAGCUCUAUGGGACCAUCGACAACAAGAUCGUUGGCUGCAGAUAUUACGACGGAAUUGUUAGCCCAGGCGAGCUCGUUGUGUUGCGAAGAGAACCUUCCAACCCAUACGACUCCAAUGCCGUCAGAGUCGACAAUGUCCUGGGAUCUCAGGUUGGUCAUCUGCCUCGCAAGCUGGUUGAGAAACUCGCGCCCCAUAUGGACUCUGGGGACGUAUUGGUCGAGGCUUCCAUCCUCGGAGAGAAAGGCUACUUCGAUUGCCCGGUGAAACUGAGCCUCUAUGGCACGGCAGACCCGAUCGCAAGGGCUUCUCUGGAGGAUCGUUUGAAAUCGGACAGGCUGCUGAGAGCCACCCAGCUGAAACAAACCAGGCCCAAACCACCGGGGCCGCCCCAAAAGAAUGUCAUGGGCCUUAAGAGCAGCCAGUCGAGGGCCGGUCUCCCUGCCGAGCCGGAAAUAUCUCUCGACCAGCUUGCUCAGCUCAGCCAGGCCGUGCAGUUCAGAAGCGGUGACGACAAUCUCAAGACACUUGCGAUGGACGAGGAGGUCCUGUCCAAGUUACCCCAGGCGAAGCAGCCACAAGAGCUGCGGUCGACUCUUCUUCCGUACCAGCUGCAGGGCCUCGAAUGGUUGCGGUCGAAGGAGAACCCGCAGCACGCCUCUCCGGGGUCUUCACAGGUCACGCAACUCUGGAAACAGGAUUCUCGGGGCCGCUUCACCAAUAUUGCUGCCAACUUCACCACGGCACGCACUCCAGAUCUGGCCAAGGGAGGAAUCCUCGCUGACGAUAUGGGCCUGGGCGGGAAGGGGGCGACUCUCAUCGUGGCCCCUGUAUCUGUUAUGAGUAACUGGGAACAACAGGCUCGUCAGCACGUGAAGAGCGAGCAUACACCCAAGGUCCUCAUCUACCACAGGACUCGGAAGGCAACAGCUCAAGAGAUGAUGAGAAACAACAUUGUUAUAACAAGUUACGGAACCUUGACAUCGGAUCACAACAGCAAAGGACCUCUGUCAUCUGCCUCAUGGCGGCGCGUCAUCUUAGACGAGGGACACACGAUCCGCAACGCCAAGACCAAGGCUGCUGAGGCAGCCUGUGGGCUCAAGGCAGAGUCGCGAUGGGUUCUCACAGGCACCCCAAUCGUCAACAAUAUCAAGGAUCUCCACUCACUAGUCAAAUUCCUCCGGCUCACAGGAGGCAUCGCUGACCCCGUGGUUUUCAACACCGUCAUUGCCAGACCUCUGGGUUUCGGAGAUUCCCGGGCUGAAGCCUUGCUCCAGUCCCUGAUGCAGGACCUGUGCCUUCGGCGGAAGAAAGAAAUGGCCUUUGUGGACUUACGACUUCCGCCGAAAUCAGAAUACGUUCACCGCAUCGCGUUCAAGCCGGACGAGAAGAAGAAGUACGACGCUCUGCUGUCCGAGGCAAAGGGUGUCCUCGAGAAGUUCCGAUCGAAACAGAAACAGGGGCAGAAGGGCGGCACAUUCCAGCAUGUCUUGGAGCAGCUCCUGCGCCUCCGUCAAACGUGCAACAGCUGGACGCUUUGUAAGGAGCGCAUCGUGGACCUGCUCAAGACCCUGGAGGACCAAGACGUGGUGGUUCUCAACGACAAAAACCGCAAAAUCUUGCAGAAGGCCCUCCGCCUUUACAUCGAGAGCCAGGAUGAAUGCCCCAUUUGCUUAGACACCCUAUCAUCGCCGAUGAUCACCCACUGCAAGCACGUCUUCUGCGGGGACUGCAUCCGCAAGGUCGUCCAGACCCAAGCACGGUGUCCCAUGUGCCGCAGCCCCCUGGCCGAGGACCAGCUGCUCGAGCCCGCCCCGGAGACGACCGGGGAGGAGGAGCUUGACGAGCCUCAGGCGGAAGGGCAGAGCUCGAAGACGGAGGCCCUGCUGAAGAUCCUGCAGGCGACACUGAAGGACAAGGGCUCCAAGGUGAUCGUCUUCUCCCAGUGGACGUCAUUCCUGACCAUCAUCGAGCACCAGCUCAAGGAGGCGGGGUACGGGUACACCAGAAUUGAUGGGUCCAUGACGCCCGCAGCACGGGACAGCGCGAUGCGUGCCCUUCAGGAGGACCCAAACAAGCGGAUCAUGCUCGCGUCGCUUGCCGUCUGCAGCGUGGGGCUGAAUCUCGUCGCCGCAGACACGGUGGUGUUGACAGACUCUUGGUGGGCGCCGGCAAUUGAGGAUCAGGCCGUAGACCGGGUGCACCGGCUGGGCCAGACGCGGCCUACUACGGUCUGGCGCUUGGUGAUGGAGGGCAGUAUCGAGGAGCGUGUGCUGGACAUCCAGGCCGAGAAGAAGCAGCUGGUCGGCAAGGCGUUCCAGGAGAAGGUGCAGGGCAAGAAGGCCAAGGAGACGAGGAUGGCUGACAUUAUGAAGCUUCUCACCUGA